AUGUCUGUUGAAGCAGAUGAGGAGACUCCGCUGUCUGCUACUAGUCUCCCAAACCCAAGCCAAACUCCCUCCGUCACCUUCAACGAGACUUUGAUUCCUAAUGAGCCUCACGCCAUCGACUCUUCAGACCUGACUACCCCUGAGAAGAGACUUUACGACUUCUUGUGCUCCCAAGGAUGGACUGAUACACAGCGUUCUUGUCUCUUCGCUCAUAUCGAAAUGAUGAAAGAAGCCAUCUCUCACCAUUUCUACUCCCAAGGUUGGAGCAACGAUCAAGUGAAAUGUCUUCAUGAACGUUGCCAGAUGGAAUUGCCGGAGAAUUUCCCAGCUCCUAGAGGUGAUGCCGAUCAAGAAGAUCUGCAAAUGCAGCUAAGGCUAGUGGAAGAAAUGAAUCGUAGAAUGGCGAUUGGCGAGCGCAUGUUCCCAUCAACAGGGACUGUGGGAAGUGGGGUUGAUGAGGAGAGAAGGACUUGA